AUGUCACUUUCUUGUGCCAAAAACAUCUUCCAGAGGUUCGGGGUAGAUGAAUUCCACAUGGGAAGUUUUGUCCAUAGCAGCUUUUUAUCCAAUGAUCCUCUGCCAUCUCUUGGAGCCCGAAUGAACCAGGAAACUAAACUACAAAGAUACAUAAUCUCCCCUUUCAAUCCUCGAUAUAGGGCCUGGGAGAUGUUACUGGUUGUUCUAGUCAUAUACUCAGCUUGGAUUUGCCCUUUUGAAUUUGCCUUUAUGCCUUACAAGAAAGACGCACUAUUCAUUAUAGACAACAUUGUUGAUGGCUUCUUUGCCAUUGACAUCGUGCUGACAUUCUUUGUGGCAUACCUAGAUAGCCAUUCUUAUCUCCUUGUUGAUGAUCCUAAGAGAAUUGCAAUCAGGUACAUAUCUACCUGGUUUGCUUUUGAUGUAUGCUCAACAGCACCAUUUCAGCCCAUUAGUCUCCUUCUCACUAAUCAUAGCAGUGAGCUUGGCUUCAAAGUUCUUAACAUGUUUAGAUUAUGGCGUUUGAGACGAGUCAGUUCUCUCUUUGCAAGACUUGAAAAGGACAUCCGCUUCAAUUAUUUCUGGACAAGGUGCACAAAACUCAUUGCUGUAACCUUGUUUGCAGUGCACUGUGCGGGAUGCUUUAACUAUCUAAUUGCAGAUAGGUACCCCGAUUCCAAAAGAACAUGGAUUGGUGCAACGAACCCAAAUUUUAAAGAAGACAGUUUAUGGGACAGAUAUGUAACUGCAAUAUACUGGUCCAUUGUCACGCUUACUACCACUGGCUAUGGGGAUUUACAUGCUGAGAACACAAGAGAGAUGCUAUUUGAUAUCUCUUACAUGCUGUUCAACUUGGGUUUAACUUCAUACAUCAUUGGAAACAUGACUAACCUUGUAGUCCACUGGACCAGCCGCACCAGAAAUUUUAGAGAUACUGUCAAAGCAGCUUCUGAAUUUGCUUCAAGAAAUCAUUUGCCCCACCGCAUAGAGGAUCAAUUGUUGUCACACAUAUGUUUGAGGUUUAAAACAGAAGGAUUGAAGCAGCAAGAAAUAUUAAAUGAUCUGCCAAAGGCAAUUCGUUCAAGCAUUGCAUGCCAUCUUUUUUUUCCUGUCGUUCAGAAGGUCUACCUCUUCCAAGGAGUUUCCCAUGACUUCCUUUUCCAACUGGUUUUAGAAAUGGAAGCUGAGUAUUUCCCACCCAAGGAAGAUGUGAUACUGCAAAACGAGUCUUCUACAGACCUUUAUGUGCUGGUUGCAGGGGCAGUGGGUUUCGUUCGCUACAUUGAUGGGCUUGAUCAAGUAAUCGGGAAAGCAAUUGCAGUAGAAACAUUUGGAGAGAUUGGAGUUUUGUAUCAUGUGCCACAGCCUUUCACAGUUCGGACCACAGAGCUUUCUCAGAUUUUAAGACUCAACAGAACAGCCUUAAUGAAUGUUUUACAAGCAAAUCCAGGAGAUGCACAAAUUGUAAUGGAUAACCUUUUAAUGAGAUUAAAGGGGCAUGAAGAGAUGGGCUUUGAAUAUCCACGUGUAGAUCCUGGAUUGGGUCUUCAUGAACUGCAUCACGAAGGCAACACAAGAGGAAGCUCUUCUCAUGAGUGUACAAGUAAUUCACACGGGCAUUCAUUAAAGCAGGAAGAGAAGUACAUAAAUAUCAGAGACUCAGAGACCAGUUUGCAUAAGGUGACUAAUGAUGAUCAGUUAGUUAUUAAACAUAACAUGAUCCCUGAGGAUGGCAAAAGAGAUCUUCAUGCCGCUUCAAAGAAAAAGAAUCUAGACAUGGUUGAAAUUCUGCUUGAAAGAGACGCAAAUACCAAGAACCAAAAUGCCAUAGGGGGGACACAAAAAGCUCUAGUAGAACAGCUAAAAAACAAGAGCGUUUCUGACCAAAUAAUGAGUUCUGAAAGCGAGAAGAAAUCAGAUGAAUAUAGAAUAAAGAUUGCUGAGCCAGAUAUCCUUAACCUUGACAGGAAUGGCACAACAAGAAACAGAAGAGAAGAUGGUAUUAGAUCCAUCAACUUGCCAUUAGAGAAAGUAUACACAAACUCCAAUUCAAGAAAUUCUAACUUUUCAAGUGAUAGAGAAGCGGCAAGAUUCAUCAAGAAGAGAAUAACAAUCCACUUGCUAUGCGGAUCCAGAAGUGCCUUACAGGGAGAGCCUGGAAAACUGAUAAUUUUACCUGAUUCAUUAAAAGAGCUGCUCAAGAUUGCUGGUGAAAAAUUUGGCGGCUUCAACCCGAAAAAAGUUAUUAAUACAGAGAAUGCAGAGAUAGAUGACAUAAAUGUCAUCAGAGAUGGUGAUCAUCUCUUUCUUCUUUGCAGCGAUAGUGAAAAAUUGAGUUCAUGAUGAUACCGAUGUAGAUAUGAAGAUAGAUAGAACCUUUAGGAAGGUAAUGGUAAA